AUGUUAUACAAUACACCUCUACAUGUUAUACAAUACACCUCUACAUGUUAUACAAUACACCUCUACAUGUUAUACAAUACACCUCUACAUGUUAUACAAUACACCUCUACAUGUUAUACAAUACACUUCUACAUGUUAUACAAACCUCUACAUGUUAUACAAUACACCUCUACACCUCUACAUGUUAUACAAUACACCUCUACAUGUUAUACAAUACACCUCUACAUGUUAUACAGUACACCUCUACAUGUUAUACAAUACACCUCUACAUGUUAUACAAUACACCUCUACAUGUUAUACAGUACACCUCUACAUGUUAUACAAUACACCUCUACAUGUUAUACAAUACACCUCUACAUGUUAUACAGUACACCUCUACAUGUUAUACAAUACACUUCUACAUGUUAUACAAUACACCUCUGCAUGUUAUACAAUACACCUCUACAUGUUAUACAGUACACCUCUACAUGUUAUACAAUACACCUCUACAUGUUAUACAAUACACUUCUACAUGUUAUACAGUACACCUCUACAUGUUAUACAUUACACCUCUACAUGUUAUACAGUACACCUCUACAUGUUAUACAUUACACCUCUACAUGUUAUACAAUACACUUCUACAUGUUAUACAUUACACCUCUACAUGUUAUACAGUACACCUCUACAUGUUAUACAUUACACCUCUACAUGUUAUACAGUACACCUCUACAUGUUAUACAUUACACCUCUACAUGUUAUACAAUACACUUCUGCAUGUUAUACAUUACACCUCUGCAUGUUAUACAAUACACCUCUACAUGUUAUACAGUACACCUCUACAUGUUAUACAAUACACCUCUACAUGUUAUACAGUACACCUCUACAUGUUAUACAGUACACCUCUACAUGUUAUACAGUACACCUCUACAUGUUAUACAGUACACUUCUGCAUGUUAUACAAUACACUUCUACAGGUUACAUAGUGGACUUGUACAUGUUAUACAAUACACCUAUACAUGUUUUACAGUACACUUCUGCAUGUUACACGUUGCACUUCUACAGGUUACAUAG